AUGGCUGCUACGGUGUCUGUGGUUCACACCCUGGCUCUCCCGGCCCCUGCUGACACCCUGCCUCUCCCGGCCCCAGCUGACACCCUGCCUCUCCAGGCCCCUGCUGACACCCUGCCUUUCCCGGCACCUGCUGACUCCCUGCCUCUCCCGGCCCCUGCUGACACCCUGCCUCUCCAGGCCCCUGCUGACACCGGGCUUGUUAAUAUGGUGCCUGAUGGCACAGUACCUGAUGGCAUGGUGACUGUUGGUAUGGAGUUAGUUGACAUGAUUCCUACUAACACUCUGCCUGUUGGCACGGUGCUUGCUGAUAUCCUGCCAGUUGAAACGUUAUCUGCUGACACUCUGCCUGCUGACAUGGUACCUGCUGAUACAGCAUCAACUACUCCAGCACGAGUUGACCAAAUACUAAUAGAUUCAGCAUCUGAUGACUCAUCACCUGCUGAUCCAUCACCUGCUGACUCAUCGCUUGCUGAUCCAUCAUCUGAUGACUCAUCACCUGCUGAUCCAUCACCUGCUGACCCAUCACCUGCUGAUCCAUCACCUGCUGACCUGACAACUGCCUACCUGUUUCCAUCUACUCUGUCCUCAACUUAUCCAACUCGUCAAG